AGCGUUUCUUGUCACGUGGCGCCGUGGCCGGAUUUGAAGCGUUCGGUCAUCCGCGGAUGACUGCCCAAGGCUGCGGUAAGGUGUUGCCUGGCCGGGGAUGCAGAGUCCUGACUCAGCUCCGCGUGGGUCUUUCCGGUCACGUGCUGUACGGAGCCGCGGCUAGACACGUUAUUGCUAGGCAACGCUUGCACGCUCUGACCUGCGCUGGAUCCCUGGCAGUGGAGGAUCUGAGCGCCGCUGGCCGACAUGGACCAGUACUGCAUCCUCGGUCGCAUCGGGGAGGGCGCCCACGGCAUCGUCUUCAAAGCCAAGCACGUAGAGGUGAGGCCACGCCGCACGCGCUGUCCGAGGAUUACCCGCUGCGUCCACUCUGCUUCAGGCCGCGAGACUGGAGAGAUCGUUGCCCUCAAGAAGGUGGCCCUGCGGCGGCUGGAGGAUGGCAUUCCUAACCAGGCCCUAAGGGAAAUCAAGGCUCUGCAGGAGAUCGAGGACAGUCAGUAUGUGGUACAGCUGAAGGCUGUGUUCCCACAUGGUGCAGGAUUUGUGCUGGCCUUCGAGUUCAUGCUGUCAGACCUGGCAGAGGUGGUGCGCCACGCCCAGAGGCCACUGGCCCCAGCGCAGGUCAAGAGCUACCUGCAGAUGCUGCUCAAAGGUGUUGCCUUUUGCCACGCCAACAACAUUGUGCACCGGGACCUGAAACCUGCCAACCUGCUCAUCAGUGCCUCGGGCCAGCUCAAGAUAGCUGACUUUGGCCUGGCCCGGGUCUUCUCUCCAGACAGUGGUCGCCUCUACACACAUCAGGUGGCCACCAGGUGGUACCGAGCUCCUGAGCUCCUGUACGGUGCUCGGCAGUAUGACCAGGGCGUCGACCUCUGGGCUGUGGGCUGCAUUAUGGGAGAGCUGUUGAAUGGGUCCCCCCUGUUCCCGGGAGAAAAUGACAUCGAGCAACUUUGCUGUGUGCUUCGAAUCCUGGGCACCCCCAGUCCUCAAAUCUGGCCGGAGAUCACAGAGCUGCCUGACUACAACAAGAUCUCCUUCAAGGAGCAGGCACCGGUGCCCCUGGAGGAGGUGCUGCCCGAUGCCUCUCCCCAGGCCUUGGACCUGCUAGGCCAGUUCCUCCUCUACCCCCCACACCAGCGUAUUGCAUCGUCCCAGGCCCUUCUGCACCAGUACUUCUUCACAGCUCCUCUGCCUGCCCAUCCAUCUGAGCUGCCAGUUCCUCAGCGCCCAGGAGGACCUGCACCCAAGGCUCACCCAGGCCCUCCCCAUGUCCAUGACUUCCACGUGGACCGGCCUCUUGAGGAGUCACUGCUGAACCCAGAGCUGAUUCGGCCCUUCAUCCCAGAGGGGUGAGAUGCUUGCCCAGUCCUGCCCACGCGCCCCAGGAGCACCCAGACGGCCGUUCCUCUGCCUCUUCCUGAUGUGCCUCCAUGGUGUCCUCAUGCCUGUACACAGUACACCUCGUCCCACUCCUUAGCCUGCUUGAGGCCUGGGCUCCAGGAGGCAGAACCAUGAAGAUGUCCAGCCCAGCAGAGAAUGGGACCCGCAUAGCCUCCAAGAAACUGCUAGCUGUGUCCUUCCCCCGGGGCCUCCACUCGGUGGUGUCACCUGUCUUGGAGGUGGUUCUCCAUGCUCCAUGUACAUUGCUAUUACAGCACCACCUGGGGAGGCACAGAGAGUAAGCUGUCUUCAUACUGGGAAGGAAGGAAGGCUUGCUUUGGUUUAGUUUCUAGAGCACACUGGGCCAGCAUUUGAGAUUCAACUAAAAGCCCUGAGUGUUUCUGCCUGCUUCUAUUAGGGAAUUAACAAGGUUGACCCCUUAAUUCAUAGGGGUUCCGUCAUCCAGAAGGAGCUUCCAUCCAGGGCCACUUUGGUCCUGAGGCUUCCUGCGCCAUUCAUGUGUGCUCAUUUGGGAGUUAGCGUCCAGAAGUUGAGGCCCGGGGAUGGCUCCCAAAGCAUAUUUUUCACAUGUUGGGCAGUUAAUCAGUUUCUCUGUAGGAUGAGGAUGAGCCAGAGGCUUCUGUGCAGAUUGGAAGCAGGUGUUCCUGGAAUUCAUUGGGUAAAUAAACUACAGUGUAACUCA